CCGCGGCCGAGGUCUCCACGCCCUCCGCCAAGCGCCGCCUCCGCCUCUUCCGCCACACCCUACCCCCACUGCUCGCGAAAGCAACAGAUUCAGCAUCAGAUACCACAUUGUUGGUCGAUCUCAUUUUCCAGACAUUGCCUUUAUAUGAUGACCGUGCCUCAAGGAAAGCGGUAGAUGAUAUGGUUAUUCGGGCUCUCACUGAGUCCACCUUUAUGAAGCCGUUUGCUGCUGCACUUGUUCAGUCUAUGGAAAAGAAUCUGAAGGUUACAAGCCCUCUUGCUUGUUUCAAGCUUCUCAGAUGGUCAAGCUAUCUUCUGAAAUGGACCCAGUUUGCCACACUUUCUAAAGGUGGUUUCUCUAGACUGGCCAAUGCACAAGCAGUCUUAUCUCAGGUUCUGAUGGAUGGCUCCUUUCGUCAGCGUAGGACCUGCAAGCAACUAUUUAUCCGUCUUUUCUCUGAGUCUGUUGAAAUAUAUAAGAUGUACAUAGAGGAGGUCAGAGAUUCAAGGAUCUCGGCAAGGGAUUCUCCUGCAUUCAUAAAUCUAAUACUGGAUUUCACCAUUGCUUCAUCUUCGUUGUUAUCCGAGUACAAGCCACUAUUCCUUGAUUUAUAUGUCAAAACCAUCUUGAGUUCAAAAGAUCGGCCAUCAGAAGCAGCCAGUGAAGCUUUUAAGCCUCUUUUCUUGGAUAUUGGGCAUGAGGAUUUCAAAAAUGUUGUGCUCCCAUCAUGCAUAAAGAUGCUGAAAAGAAAUCCUGAGAUUGUGCUACAAUCUAUUAGACAUCUUCUAAUGACGGUUCGUUUGGACCUAAGCAAUUAUUCCAUGGAGUUCAUGCCAGUUGUUCUGCAUCAGGCUCGUCAUUCAGAUGAAGAAAGGAGGAUUAAUGCUUUGAGUAUCGUAGCAACUUUAAGUGAUAAGUCCAGUGAUCCGGACACUCUACCUUCCAUGUUCAAUGCUAUUAAAGCAAUUUUAGGAGGCUCGGAAGGGAAACUAUCACUACCGUACCAGAGAGUUGGAAUGUUGAAUGCUUUAGAGCAACUGUCAAGAUUUUCUCCAAAGCAAAUAAGCAGGCUUGCUCCCUCAGUAUCUAGUUUCCUUCUAACGUGUUACAAGGGCGAUGGUAUUGAAGAAGUGAAAUUGGCAGCUCUCUCAGCUUUGGGGUCAUGGGCUUUGGUAUCAUCUGAAGCUGUCCAACCAGAUGUUGUUUCAUUUAUUACUGCAGGAUUGAAAGAGAAAGACACUUUGAGAAAGGGGCAUCUAAAAUUAAUACGAGUCAUAUGCAAAAAGUCUGAUUCCCUGACUAAGGUUACUUCCUUGCUGGAUCAUUUGAUUCAGUUGUCAAAAACUGGCUUCACCAAGGCAACACAGCGGUUGGAUGGAAUCUAUGCACUGUAUGCAAUAUCUAGAAUUGCUGCUAUUGAUGCCAAAGCAGAUGGUUCAAUUGUGAAGGAAAAGGUCUGGCCAUUGAUUGCUCAAAGUGAACCCUCAGUGGUCUCUGCUCAGUUGCUUUCCAAACUAACAGACGAAGAUUGCUUAACAUGCGUGGAUCUUCUUCAAUCACUGCUUGUGGAUCAUCUUUUCCGGGUCCAGGAAUAUUUUUCUGUCCAGUCAUUGCUACAGGUGCUAAUAUAUCUAGUUUGCCAUCCAAGCUGGGCAGUUAGGAAGAUAGCUUAUGAUGCUACUAAGAAAAUACUUUCAAGCUCUGGUACCUUGGCUGAAGAUCUUCUGUUCUUGUUCACUGACUGGUUGUCAUUAGUUGGAGAGAGAAUAUCAAUAUUGAAACAAAGUGAUAUGGAUGGCUCUGGAGAUUCACAACUACCAUUUAUUCCAUCUACUGAGGUCCUUGUGAAGUGCUUGUUCUUGAUUGCACCUUAUGCAGUUGACCAUAGUCGGAGAUCAUAUUCUCGACUUAUAUUGUGUUCCCACCAUCCUUGUAUUUCAAGCUCCAGUUCUCCUGCUGGUGUAUGGAAGAGGUUGCAGAGAAGGUUGAAAGAGCAAAAGAUCUUCUUAACCGACUUAAUUUUCCCCAACAUUUCGGCUAUAUGCAAGGAAUUGCUUUCACAGGAUGGUCUAUUUAGUUCCAAUAAGCAAGAGCAACGUGCAGCAUUAUGCUCAUUAUCGACACUGAUGACAAUAGCACCCAGUGAUACAUUUACAGAGUUUGAGAAGCACUUCAUAGAGCUUCCAUACCGUGCUUUGCACGAUGGCUUCUCUGAGAAUGAUAUCAAGAUAUUCUUUACUUCAGAGGGGCAGUUGUCAAGUGAGCAAGGAAUUUAUGUUGCUGAGGCUGUUGCUUCUAGAAAUACAAAACUUGCAAAGGGACGUUUUCGUGCAUAUGAUGUUCAAGAUGAGGACCCUGCAAAGAGUGAUAGGCGGGAAUCGUCUAGCAUUGGCAAGAGAGAAACUGGGAAAUCUACAAAAAAAACUGCUCCUGUGGACAAAGCCAAGACUGCAAAAGAGGAGGCCAGAGAGUUGCUUUUGAAGGAAGAAUCUUCUGUACGUGAGAAGGUUGGACAUGUGCAGAAGAAUCUUGCGUUAAUGUUGGACGCUCUUGGUGAAUUGGCUAUUGCUAAUCCUAUAUUCACUCACGGUCAACUACCUCAUCUGGUAAAAUAUAUUGAACCAUUGCUAAGUUCUCCAAUAGUAAGUGAUGCUGCAUUUUGUGCAAUGUUGAGGCUGGCUCGCUGCACAGCCCCUCCUCUUUGCAAUUGGGCAACUGAUAUUGCUGCUGCAAUCCGUGUAAUGUCUGUUGAAGAUUUUGAAAUGGUUUUGGACCUUAUGCCUGUGAUUAUGGAAGAAGAUAGCAAAAAGAGGCCAUCACCUGGCCUCUUUGAACAAAUAGUAACUGGGCUGACAGCUGCAUGCAAAGCGGGACCUCUUCCAGCAGAUUCAUUUACUUUCAUCUUUCCGAUAAUGGAGACGAUCCUUCUUUCUUCGAAAAAGACAUGUCUACAUGAUGAUGUGCUUCAGAUACUAUCUAUGCAUCUGGAUCCGAUAUUACCUCUACCUCGACCUAGAAUGUUAUCAGUUCUUUAUCAUGUGCUGAGUACUGUUCCUGCUUAUCAUCCUUCAGUUGGACCUAUGCUGAAUGAGCUAUGCCUAGGUCUAAAAUGCAACGAUUUAGCACAGGCUCUUGUUGGGGUAUAUGCAAAAGAAGUGCAUGUUAGGCUUGCCUGCUUAACUGCUAUAAAGUGCGUUCCUAGCCACUCUGUACAACGGGAUUUGCAGGUUUCAACAAGCCUAUGGAUCUCUGUUCAUGAUCCAGAGAAGGCGGUUGCUGAAUUAGCAGAGGAGUUAUGGGAUCGCUUUGGUUUUGAUGUUUGUACUGAUUAUUCUGGCAUAUUUGAUGCACUUUCCCAUAAAAAUUACAAUGUUAGAGCUGCCGCAGCUGAGGCUCUGACUGCUGCGUUGGAUGAAAGUCCAGACAAAAUGCAAGAUACACUUUCUGCUCUGUUUUCAUUGUACAUACGAGAUCUUGGUCCUGGAGUUGAAUUUGGAGAUACAAACUGGCUUGGCAGACAGGGUAUUGCAUUAGCACUCCACUCGGUUGCAGAUGUCUUGGGUUCUAAAGAUCUUCCUAUUAUCAUGACAUUUCUCAUAUCACGUGCAUUGGCUGAUCCUAAUCUGGAUGUUCGUGGUAGAAUGAUUAAUGCUGGCAUCCUUAUUAUUGAUAAGCAUGGAAAGGAAAAUGUUCCUUUGCUGUUUCCUAUUUUUGAGAGCUACUUGAAUAAAAGGGCAUCAGAUGAGGAAACAUAUGACCUUGUCAGGGAAGGUGUUGUUAUAUUCACUGGUGCUCUAGCAAAACAUCUAUCGAAGGAUGAUCCUAAAGUUCACAGUGUUGUCGAGAAGUUGCUAGAUGUACUUAACACCCCGUCAGAGGCAGUUCAGAGGGCUGUGUCAGACUGUUUGUCUCCACUUAUGGUCUCAAAGCAGGAAGAAGCCCAAGCUCUUGUAUCUCGACUACUGGAUCGGAUGAUGAAAUGUGAAAAGUAUGGUGAGCGGCGUGGUGCAGCCUUUGGCCUUGCUGGAGUGGUAAAAGGAUUUAGAAUUACUUCAUUGAAGAAGUAUGGUAUUGCUGCAACAUUACAACAAGCUUUGGGAGAUAGAGCGUCUGCAAAAUCCCGUGAAGGAGCAUUACUUGGGUUUGAGUGCAUGUGUGAAAAGCUUGGCAGAUUAUUUGAGCCCUAUAUCAUCCAGAUGCUACCCUUGCUUCUCGUGUCUUUCUCUGAUCAAGUUCUGGCAGUGCGUGAGGCUGCUGAAUGUGCUGCUCGCGCAAUGAUGUCUCAGCUCACUGGUCACGGUGUUAAGCUUGUCCUGCCUUCACUUCUUAAGGGCCUAGAGGAUAAAGCAUGGCGAACUAAGCAAAGCAGUGUUCAACUUCUUGGUGCUAUGGCAUACUGUGCUCCUCAGCAGCUAUCUCAGUGUCUUCCGAAGAUCGUUCCGAAGCUAACAGAGGUACUAACUGAUACACAUCCUAAAGUCCAAUCAGCCGGACAGACAGCCCUCCAACAGGUUGGAAGCGUCAUAAAGAAUCCUGAAAUCUCUGCACUUGUUCCAAUUCUUCUGUCAGCUCUGACAGAUCCAAAUGGCCACACCAAACAAUCUCUUGACAUCCUUCUUCAGACGACUUUUAUUAACUCCAUAGAUGCACCAUCACUUGCGUUGCUGGUGCCCAUUGUGCACCGAGGACUGAGGGAGAGAGGUGUUGAUACUAAGAAGAAAGCAGCUCAAAUAGUUGGGAACAUGUCUUCUUUAGUUACAGAACCACUGGACAUGAUCCCAUACAUAGGAUUGCUUCUACCUGAAGUCAAGAAGGUUCUAGUGGAUCCCAUACCUGAAGUCAGGGCAGUUGCUGCUCGAGCUCUUGGGUCCCUUAUAGUAGGAAUGGGUGAACAAAUUUUCCCAGAUCUCGUGCCAUGGUUGUUAGAUACACUGAAAUCUGAUAAUAGUAAUGUUGAACGAUCUGGGGCUGCACAGGGACUAAGUGAGGUUUUAGCUGCUCUUGGCAAAGAUUAUUUUGAUCAGAUUCUUCCUGACAUCAUCCGGAACUGUUCUCAUCAGAAGGCUUCGGUUCGCGAUGGACACCUGACACUUUUCCGCUAUCUGCCAAGGUCCAUGGGUGCAAUUUUUCAGAAUCAUCUGCAGUCAGUUCUUCCUGCUAUAUUAGAUGGGCUUGCUGAUGAGAAUGAAUCUGUUCGUGAGGCUGCACUUGCUGCGGGUCAUAUCUUUGUGGAGUACUAUGCAAUAACGUCUUUGCCUCUGUUGCUUCCUGCUAUUGAAGAUGGGAUAUUCAAUGAUAAUUGGCGUAUCCGACAAAGUUCUGUUGAACUUCUGGGAGAUCUUUUGUUCAAGGUGGCUGGAACUUCUGGGAAGGCAAUCCUGGAGGGUGGAAGCGAUGACGAAGGUGCUAGCACAGAGGCUCAGGGACGUGCAAUUGUUGAAGUUCUUGGAAGAGCGAAACGGGAUGAGGUUCUUGCUGCCAUUUAUAUGGUCCGCUCUGAUGUUAGCUUGACAGUCCGCCAGGCUGCGGUACAUGUCUGGAAGACAAUUGUAGCAAAUACUCCAAGAACUCUGAAGGAGAUCAUGCCUGUACUUAUGGACACACUAAUUUCAUCUCUUGCAUCAUCUUCCUUGGAACGGCGGCAGGUUGCCGGGAGAGCACUUGGUGAGCUUGUAAGGAAGCUUGGUGAGAGAGUUUUGCCCUCUGUUAUUCCCAUUUUGUCACGAGGACUCAAGGACCCAAUUGCUAGCAGAAGACAAGGAGUAUGCAUCGGCUUGAGUGAGGUUAUGGGUAGUGCUGGAAAGCAUCAACUAUUAAGUUUUAUGGAUUUACUUAUUCCUACCAUCCGAACUGCUCUGUGUGACAGCACACAGGAGGUUCGCGAAUCUGCUGGAUUAGCCUUUAAUACUCUAUAUAAGAGUGCUGGACUGCAAGCCAUUGAUGAAAUUGUUCCCACACUGCUACGAGCCAUGGAAGAUGACGAGACCUCUGCAACAGCCCUUGAUGGUCUAAAGCAGAUUCUAAGUGUCCGUACUGCUGCUAUUUUGCCCCAUAUAUUGCCCAAACUAGUCCAGCCCCCUCUCUCUUCAUUCAAUGCACAUGCACUGGGAGCACUGGCCGAGGUAGCUGGGCCAGGUUUGAGUUCACAUAUUGGAACCAUUCUUCCUACAUUGGUACUUGCUAUGGAUGAUGAAGAUGAGGAUGUACAGAGCACAGCCAGAAAGGCUGCUGAAACUGUUGUAUUGGUUAUUGACGACGAAGGAGUUGAAACACUAAUGCCCGAGCUUCUCAGAGGAGUCAAUGACAGUCAGGCAUCUAUGAGGCGGGGUUCAGCCUAUCUUAUUGGUUUCCUCUUUAAAAACAGUAAAUUAUAUUUGGCUGAUGAGGCUCCUGAAAUGAUGUCUACCCUAAUUACUUUAUUGAGCGAUACUGAUAAGGCAACUGUAUCUGCUGCCUGGGAAGCAUUUUCAAGAGUCGUUGGCUCUGUUCCAAAGGAACAGCUUCCUACACAUAUAAAAUUAGUGCGCGAUGCUGUCUCUACAGCCAGAGAUAAAGAACGUAGGAGGAAAAAGAGUUCGCCUGUUCUCGUACCGGGCUUGUGUCUUCCUAAAGCACUGCAGCCUUUUCUUCCUAUAUUUCAACAGGGUUUAAUUAGUGGGUCCGCCGAUACAAAAGAGCAGGCAGCAGAAGGUCUGGGGGAGUUAAUUGAUGUUACAAGCGAGAAAACUCUUAAGGAAGUCGUUGUGCCAAUAACAGGGCCCCUUAUACGCAUUCUUGGAGACCGGUUUCCAUGGCAAGUUAAGUCAGCUAUCUUAUCAACCCUGACUAUUAUCAUCACAAAAGGCGGGCUUGCACUUAAGCCCUUCCUUCCCCAACUUCAGACAACAUUUGUUAAAUGUCUACUGGAUAGUAAUAGAUCUGUCCGGACAAGGGCCGCAUCAGCUCUUGGAAAGCUUAGUGCAUUAAGCACACGGGUUGAUCCUUUAGUUAGCGAUCUGUUGUCCAUGUUGCAGUCAGGGGAUGAUGCUGUUAAGGAAAGUGUGCUUUCUGCACUCAAAGGUGUUGUUAGGCAUGCUGGUAAAAGUGUUAGUUCUGCAAUCAGAUCACGUGGGUGUGCUCUUCUCAAAGAUCUGCUGGAGGCUGAUGCUGAUGAUGUACGCAGUUCUGCUGCAAAAGCAAUUGGUACAUUGUCACAGUACACGGACGAGAUCGAGACCUCUGAUCUGGUGCAGGCCCUGUUGAGUAUGGGCACAUUACCAGACUGGUGUACCAGGCAUGGUGCUUUGUUAACAUUCUCAUCCAUAUCAAGGCAUUCUCCAACAAAACUGUGCAAUUCCGCAUCAUUUGCAUCGAUUGUUGAUCUUCUGAAAGAUUCUCUAAAAGAUGACAAGUUCCCUGUUCGUGAAGCCUCUACAAAAACUCUGGGGAGGCUACUUUGCUACCAGCUACAAUUCGAAGGCAGCACCUUGCAACUUAUUCAGUUGCUUAUCGUGGCAUUGCGUGAUGAUUCAAGUGAAGUCAGGAGAAGAUCUUUGUCCUGUAUCAAAGCUGCUGCAAAGAUAAAUCAUUCAGGUCUUGCUACACAUAUCUCGAUAUUGGGCCCAGCAGUUGGUAAUACUUUAAAGGAUAGCAGUACUCCAGUUCGUCUAGCUGCAGAGCGCUGCGCAGUUCAUGUUUUCCAGUUGACCAAAGGGGCAGAAAAUGUCACCACUGCACAAAAGUACCUUAGCAACAUGACAGGCUUAGAAGUAAGAAGACUUGCGAAGCUUCCUGUGGAGAGCGAUGGCAGUGAAAGUAGUGACGAUGACAGGAGGACAUAAACACUGCUCUGUCACAGCUGCCUCCAAGACCAUUUUUUGUCUGUUCAUUCAGAUCAUACCUGAUAUCUUAUAGGUAUAAACCGUGAGUGGAACAAUGUGGUCAAUUUUUUCCUCUGACCCUUGAUGUAAACACCUUUUUUUGGCAACAUAUAUAGUAUUUAGAGGACUAGAGGUCGUCUGUGUUGUUCAUAUUUCUUGCUACGAAUGAACAAUGUUCAAAUCGGUUACAGAUGCAUUAGGCAAAUCAGGCAUAUUUUACGGAAAUACUUUUGUACACCUGGGUGUUUCUGUCACCGUACAUUUAUUUCUUGAGAUUCGUGUUCACCA